UGCAACGAGAAAAAUGUAGCGAUGAUUCACGAGAGAAAAUGAGAGUACAUCGGAUUGUUUUACUUAUCUUUGCAUUUGCCUUCCUUGCUCAAGGAAAAUCUUUACCAUCUACAUUUUCAGAGGAGGCAAAUGUUCCCAUUGCAUUACCUUUGGUAUCUAUCAACAAUGGAUACCAGGGAAUUGCAGAUGACUUCAAUGAUGACAGUUCAGAAAAUAUUGGGGAAGCACCCCCAAAGAGGCCACCCAUCAGCCAAGAACAGACACAGUCCAAUGGAGAUAAAGCAGAUGGACUGAAAGAAUUAAAAAAGGAAUUUAAGCAUGGGCGCUUGAAUCUAAAACACCUUAACAAAAAGUUGGCACCCCUCCUUAAAACAAGCGACAUUCAACAUACUGGUUCAAAUAUCAAGCCAACAACCAAAUCAAGCCAACAACCAAAAAAAUCAAAAAAUGAAAAACAAAACCCCUCAAAAAAAUCAGAGAAGACAAAGAUGGAUAGGAAAAGUGGUUCUGGGGAACUUUCUCAUUUGAAUCUAAAAGGUCUUUUCAAAAAAUUAGCACCUCUCUUUAAAACAAGUCCAUCCAACAAAAAGUCUGGGAAGAGCCACAUUCCAUUGACUGGUAUGAAUAUUCCUGUUGGCAAACAAUUGUUUGGAUCUAUGAAGAAACCUCUACCACAUAAAUCAAGCCUAGUCCAUAAAAAGUCUGGAAAACCAAAUCCAAAACAGGAACGACCAUUUUUAGUUGAGGACAUUGAUCUAGAAGAGGCAAACAUGGAUAGUGAAACUGGCUCUGGAGAAUCUUAUCGAGACAUGUUUGAGUCUGAAGAGCCAAACAAUGUUGUAGGCCCUCAACUGAGAACAGGAAAAACAGGUGAGCCAAAUGCAUUUGGAAGAGAGAAUACUGAAAAGACUCAUGCACCAGAUGUCAAUAAUCCUAGACGCUCCCUGAAGAGUGACAGUCAGUUGACUGGUACAGACAUUCCUGUAAACAUGCAAGGAUUUGGAUCUAUUGAGAAGGCUCUGCCUACAUUGUCAAGCCUACUAAAGAAGCAUUGGCCAAUACAAAACUUGAAACGAGAACGAUCAUCUUUAGACAAGGAAGUUGAUUCAGAGGAGGUCAUGGAUUCUGAGAGUGGUUCUGGGGAAUCUUCUUCCAAAACACCAAGCAAUGUCUGGACACCUCCUCAACUGGGAUCAGGUGAUUCAGGUGCGAUAUUUAGCAUUUUGACCCCAGGAGUAACAUGA